AUGGCGAAACGCACCAAGAAGGUCGGAAUCGUGGGUAAACACGGGACCCAUUAUGGUGCUUCCCUCAGAAAAAUGGUGAAGAAGAUUGAAAUAAGCCAGCACGCCAAGUACAUUUGCUCCUUCUGUGGCAAAACAAAGAUGAAAAGACGAGCUGUGGGGAUCUGGCAUUGUGGCUCCUGCAUGAAAACCGUCGCUGGUGGCGCUUGGACCUACAACACAACUUCUGCUGUCACAGUAAAGUCUGCUAUCAGAGGACUGAAGGAGUUGAAAGACCAGUAGAAGCUUCACCAUU